CAUCUAUUUUUUAAAAAAAACUGUAAGAAAAAUUAUAUAUAAUGUAAAAGUAUGUAAAAAUUAUUGAUAUUUUUAAUAAUGAAGUUUUUAAAAUAUCAUAUGUUUUCCAUUUUCUAUCAAAGGAAAAAGAAUAUUUCAUGGAUAGAAUUAAGUAUUGAAAUAUCACAACAUAUUUCAAAUUACUUCAUUUAAUGAUGUGAAAUUGUGAAUAGAUUUUUAAUAAGCACAAUAAAUCAUCAUUUUGAAACAAUAGUCAGUAUUAUUUUAGUGAUUAAGAAGCUACUAACUACCAAAAGGGUUAGGGGUUCGGUCCCAACUUCUAACGUUAUUUUGAUGCAUUUUUUAAGACUUGAGAUUUCUCCUAGCUUCAUCUAGAUAUCCAGAUCCACAUUGGAAGAAUCCAUAAGCUGUAGAUCUAAAUUUCAAUCAGAUACAAAAUUUUGUAUUUGAAUUGGAUCUAAAUUGGACAUAGAAGCAAAUAUGGUUGGAUAAUAUCCAACCCUUUUUCAGCUCUAAAUAUGUCACAUCCUAAACAUAUCUGUAUGUAAAACUUCUAUGUAAAAGUUGUCAAGUCUACCAUAGUAUUUAGUAGAAGAUAUCAUAUUUAUAAAAUUUUGGUGCAAUUGGUCCAACUGGUUAUACAUUUUAUGCAUCCAUCCAUUCAUAACUUCCAUAUAUACAUGCAGAUUUAUAAGAUAUAGAUGUUUAUCUGUGUCAGAUUUGUUAAAGGUUUCUGUGUCAUAUACAUCUUUGCACUUGGACACCUGACAUCCAUGUCAUGUGUCCGAGCACCACUCAUGUGAAGUUAGGUGCAAGGGCUGAGAUAAAAUUGGUGGCUUGUUGCUUGAGAUAACAAGUUCAUAGUUCAUAGGGGUAUCAGUUUUUUGCAAAUUCAUCUCAAUUAGUCCAAAUAGUCUUUGGUACAAAGCAAUAUCCUGUUUAGCCAAAUAGAAAUCUGACAAGCAAUCUUUAUAGGCUUUGAAUCAAAUUUAGUACAAAGCUAAAUGCAAGUUUGGUUGCAUACUAUUUGCAAGCAGAGACUCCCAUUAAUUGCAAAAUGAUGAUUUGUGAAACAGACUUAUGUGGGUCUUUUAUUGGAUAAUGGUGGUUUUUAUUUACAGUUAGUAAGGUAGGUUGUCAUUAGAUUGAAUUAACAUAAAAAAAAGAGAUCAUAAAUUGGCUUGAAAUCUCAACAAAUGAGUAACUUUAAGAACCUGGUGUUUGCAAUUUCUAAAGGUGCGUAAUUGUACAUGCUAUUAUUUGAAUUUCUUGACAUGUAUAACAGUGCAUACUAGAUACAGAGGCUAUAGCCAAUAAACUUGGCAUGCGUUCCUGUUCUUGCCUCCUUUAGAGGUUUGCCAGACUCAAAUGGUCCAUUCAGCCUUGCUCCUCAAGUUUGAUUGUAUUAGAGCACCAAAAUCUUUUCCCCGUGACAUAUUACCAUCUGAUAGUUACUAAUACUUCCACAAAUAUAUGGAAAUUUAACUGAUAUGAUUGUUGAUCUCCACUGACCGGAUGUGUUCAUUGUAUGGAUUCUUCCUAUGGUACAUUCACUAGUUAUUCAAUAAUCUAGUCAUUGUUGGUCAUCUCUAUCGUUGGAAAAUUUUCAGGUUCUUAAGAUCAAACAUUGGAUCUCUAGUUGCUUAAGAGUGGAGAGCUUUUGCACCCAUCAGCACAUGUCACAUUCAUGCACUAUUGUCCCAUACAAGAUUGGACCACUUCAGGAAGCAUGAUAAUGUCCCUUCAUACCUUUCCUAAUUGCAAUGGCCGUUCUUCAAUACCAAAGGAGCGAGCUGUCCUUACUACCAAUGACAUCUCCGCUACCCUGAUUAGAACAAGCUAAAUGACCCAAUUCUCAUCAAUUUUGACUGACCUCAUCUUUCAUUAAAUGACAUCCUAACCAUCUCAUGCCAACCUAAUUUAUAAGAUUGCAAUGCCUCUUUCUUUAUUUUCCUUUUUUUGUGUUAUAUGUAUUUCUACUUGCCUUUUUGAUUUGUUGGAUGGUGGAAGGCUGGGUCACACAUGAGGACCGGGCCCUAACAACCCCUCUCGCAUAGUUCUCAAAUUUGUGUGGGGAUGUGGUGGUGGACAUCUGACAAGUGUGACUGAGGGAAAGAAAAGAACUUGAGGUUGCAAAUAUUGUUUGGGACGAAUUUGAUGAGAGCAAUCAUCAUAUAGUGCCUCAUCAAGGUGGUAAAAGUGUUAAUGAAGCUGUAGUAUUAGGUGAUUUUCUUAAGAAGCCACAAUAUGAAGUAGGAAAUGAAGCUGGAAAGAGCACAAGCAACAGAGGAUCUAGGAAUAAAAAUGUUCUUCUGGGAAAAGAACAAAGAGCCUUUUGCCCUUCUCCAAAGGGUGGAAGCUCAACGGUGCCGGAGGGCUCAUCGACUCAUGCAUCUAGAAAAGUAGUUCCAGCAUUUUAUGAUCCAAAUUCCUUCAAUGGCUUCACUUCUUUAACUUCCCAAGAUGAUGCUGGACUUGUUUUUGUGGAAAAUGAACAACUGAACAGAAAAAAUGAUCUUCCAUAUCAUGAUUUGCCUGAUAUUGGCAAUUUUGAGGAUAUUGAUAGACUGCUUAGGUAGCUUAUAUAGCUCUUAUUCUAGAUCUGGCUUCUUAUUUCUACAGCAAUUUCUAAUAUUUUCUACCAUGAUGAUUGCUUUCAUUUGUUUUCUUUUUUUCUUUUUUCGGAGAACUUGUGAUUCCACAUUUGGGCAAGGAAGCAGCAUUGCAGAAGAGCUAUCAUGGUUUUCAUCUUCUUCACAUAGCACCUAUGGGAUAGGAGAUACUUCCAAGUCAUGCUCACAAUCUUCAGUUUUAGGCCCAGCAUCUUUAAAUGGUACACCAGCAUAUUGUAGCUCAAUAACCAACAUUUUACCUGGAAAAAAUCUAUUGGCUGCUGAUAGUGAUAAGUCCUUGAGUCAUGGUUACCAAUCUUUUGCAUUGGUUAGUGAUAGUGAAAAUAAGGGUGACUGUCCGCUACAGGAAAAGUACUUGCUUCUACAGCUGCAGACAUAUGAUGGGGGUGGAGGUACUGAGAUUAAAUCAACACUUAUGCAUGUUAGCAACGGAAGUAGCUUGAAUGAAUGUGAGAAUCUUAAUACGCUUCUACAGAUUAAUAUGCACUCAAAGCAGCUGGAAGACAAUACUUAUUUGAAGGAAAUGAAAAAUAUCGACCUUCAGAAUCUACAAGAAAAUCAAAUCUGGGGAUCUGAUUCUUCAAGCUACAUGCACACCUUCAGUCCUGAUGCACAACUGGAGGGCAGCCGUACUUUGUAUCAGGAUCUGUUUACACAGACAGCAUCAAGUAUUUUAUCUGGUAGUGAGUAUAAUCCUUCCUCUUCUUGUAAAGUCUCAGCACAUGUUGGAAAUUAUUUUCCACACUGCAUGGAGAACUUGCCUCUUACUUUGUCCAAGCCUCCAGCUAUGACGCCUGAGGAAAUCAAUGAAAAACCAUGCCUUCGACAGAACUUAUGUUCUGCAUUGACUGUUAAGCAUCUACCUCACCUGGCUCCAUCUACAAGUAUAACUUCAUGUCAGGAACAACACCAUAGAUUUCAGCAAGAAACUAGAGGUGACAGUGUGCAAAAGGACAAAAGCCUUGAACUUCCCGCAACUAAUAUAGAUUCUUCAACAGUACAAGAGAGCCCUUACAUGAUAUCUGCUUCUUCUGAUGAUAUCUCACUGAAAGCAAUUAGCUUUCAACAGCUUCAGGAUGUUGUGGUUCAGUUGGAUGUUGGAGCAAAACUAUGCAUAAGAGAUAGCUUGUACCGUUUGGCAAGGAAUGCUGAAAAAAGGCAUAAUUUUGCUUGCGCGAAUAAUUCCAGCAGAGAGAGUAGAGGAGGAAUUUUGGACACAGAGGAACCAAACAGGUAUGCAGAAUAUAUAACUACUGAAACUGAGACAAAUCCAGUAUAUCACUCCAUUGCACAUUUACUUUGCCACAGACCGUCACAGACUGCGACAAGAUCAGUUGAAAGUUCUAUGUUACUAGAAUCACAUAUGAUUGAUGAACAGAUUCAUGGUCACAUUACAGCUUCCAGGAAGUAAUGCCUGAUCAAUAUGGUCUAUCAACAAGUAUUCGCUUGUUGCAAUACAGUUCUGCAGGGGUACCAAUCAGCAAUAUGACGUUUGGUGCUUCAGCCACUGCUUCCACAUAUUGGACCGUUGCCCCUGCUCAGAAGUGUCAUCUGAGUGGUAUCAGAGUGAUGGACAGGUUUUUAUGCUGUACUUUUGAGUAUAUGUUCUCACAUGGUUACAUAUUAUAUCUUAGUUACGGUAACAUGUGUGCCUUAGUUCUAUUGGAGUAGAUGGUUACUUUCUUUGUUUACUAUCAUGUAUCCUUUCAGCUAAAAAGAUCUAGCUGUCCAAGGUGUUCUAUAUAAGAGAAAAUGGGAAAAGUAAGAUCAGAUAUUAUGUAAACUCACUAAUUCUGUAAAUGCGUAUAAACUUAGGUCAGUGCUUUGUAUCCAUGUGGAAGAGUAUGGCGCUUCUAGUUUAUUUUUAUAUGUAUCUCUUGGAAUGUGCUCUA